CAGAGGCGACACAACACUGGUACACGGACCGCGGAGGAGACGGGAAGAAGAUGGCUGACUUAGCCCGGCACGGCAAGCCCUCGGCGGCAUCACCAGCUUCACACGAGCCCCUGAGAAGCUGCAAGACAUCCGGCGUUUGGCGUCUGUAGAGAACCGCCUCUCGUCCCCGCUCCUUUCCGCCUCAACCCCCUCAACCCCCGAAACCACCCCCCUUCCUCCUCACCGCAAAUAUUGACAGAAGUAGCAACGAGGAAACAUGGCAGAGACGGAAAAGGAGGGCAGACCUCCGGAAAAUAAAAGGAGCAGAAAACCAGCUCACCCGGUGAAAAGGGAAAUCAAUGACGAGAUGAAGAAUUUUGCAGAGAACACGAUGAACGAGCUGCUGGGGUGGUACGGCUACGACAAGGUGGAGCUGCGGGAUUCAGACAACUUGGAUUUAGGCGAAACACCGCAGCACAUUUCUGUCCUUAAAGAAAACUUGUUGCCAAAAAUUCCAUCUUCAAGACAGAGCAACGAAGUGUCUCCGGAUGGAGCCAACAGGUCCCAAUCUUUGCUAAUCUGCAGAAACGGAAUAUCAGAGCACCCCACUAUGCCGUCCUCCUCUACAACCAGCACAAAGGAACGUGGCAACCAGCCCAUCACUGGCCCAGUGAUGCCCCUGCCACUGAUCAAGCCCCCAACAGACGAAGAUGCAACCGGUGUACAGAUCAUGUGCGCCUGGUGCCAGAAGAUCGGUGUCAAACGCUACUCUCUGAGCAUGGGGAGUGAGCUAAAGAGUUUCUGCAGCGAGAAGUGCUUUGCCGCCUGCCGCAGAGCCUAUUUCAAGAGGAAUAAGCUGGGAUAUAUAAGGAAUUACACAGCGAGAGACGACGAUGGCCUCGGUGGGAAAUUACUCCAGCACAGCUUUACUCAGGACACGCCCAGGCUUGUCUUCAAGACAAACAGCGAUGUGCUUGUAUGUGACUGGUGCAAGCAUAUCCGCCACACUAAGGAGUAUCUGGACUUUGGGGCUGGUGAACGACGACUGCAAUUUUGCAGUGCCAAAUGCUUGAACCAAUAUAAAAUGGACAUUUUUUAUAAGGAGACCCAAGCAGCAUUGCCUGGAGCUCUCUGUAACCCAGGACAUGGAGUGGGAGGUGAGGGUAAAGCAGAGUGCAGUGGUGUACAACUGCUCACUCCUGAAUCCUGGGGAACACCUUUAUCAGACAUUCGCCGUAAAGCUCCCUCACCUGGAGGCCCCCCCAACUCUUCACUUCCUUGCACUUCAUCUGCCACCUCGUCCUCAGAUGCUCUAUGUUCUCCACCCUCCUCUUCCUCCUCUGCCAAGAUCCCCACACCUCGACCUCAUGAAAACUCUACACUACCACCCCUUCCCAUCCCUACUCUGCAUCCCGGAGUUGGGGUCCCUCCAGGGAGUCCUCCAAUGGUGAUGACUCCUCGAGGGCCAAUGCCUUUACCUCUCUUUAUGGAACAUCAGAUGAUGCAGCCACUCCGGCAACCAUUUCUCCGUCCAUCUGUCCAUCCGGGUGGACCCAACAGUCCCCUGUCAAACCCUAUCAUCCCUGGGAUAGGUCCCCCCCCUCCUCCCAGGAAUCUCGGUCCUGCUUCUAGCGCCAUGCACAGACCCAUGAUGUCCCCACUUGUCCAUCCCUCAACCAAUGCCAAUCCUGGUAUGAUCCCUCCCCACCCUGGACUCCACACACCAGGAUUUCACCCAUUCCCCCCAGUCAACAUGAUGCCCAAUGGACCCAUCCCUUUGCCACCAAUGAUGAAUUAUGGCAUGCCCUCCUUAGCACCAUUAGUACCGCCGCCAACCCUUCUGGUACCUUACCCUGUCAUCGUGCCCCUUCCAGUCCCAAUUCCCAUUCCAAUUCCAAUACCUUUCAACUCCAAAUCUUCUAAUAACCAACAAGAAAACCGUGACGGCACACUUUUAUCUUCACAUGUUUUAACAUCUGGGUUAACUGAGUCUGAAGGACUUUCUGGAGGAGAGAUACCCAAACAAAGAUAUCCUGAUAGUGUAGAUUGUCUCUCUCCUGGAUGCCCAGAUAUAAACAGGUCGGCAGUGAUGAAUAUGACUGUGAAGGUAGAGAAUAAUAUGAGAAACAUAUGUCCAACUGGUGACAGUGAACACCUAGAAGGAGUUAUUGAUCUUACUAUAAGCCAGAAACCAUACCAACAGCACGUCAUUCAGAGGAUUCUGCCUAAGGUUCAUGUCAAAGUAGAGGCAGAGGUUGAGUCAAGAUCUUCACCAGUCAUUAGGGUUGAAAGGGAAGUCAAUGGCUGUCAUGAUCAAGGUGAAGAGGCUGCACUACAGCAACCCCUCCCUAAUACAGAGGUGUUGGUGGCCACCAUCAUAGAAACGCUGGAAACAUCUAACACAGCUUCUAGCAAAAAAAGCUUUUCUUACAACACUAAUACUGAAACCAACACUACCCUACCACCUGCUCCCAGCACACCAAGGACCCCACCACAACCUCUUCCACAGAUCCAAACUAACCCUUCUGCCUCAUGUAAUGUCUUUCUCAAUGGCACAGGGUGGCAUUCUCUUCAUAAUCCUACUUUCAUGUCGGACAAAACAGGAGAUGAAAUCGUAUCUGAGAGAAAUACAGGUGAGGACUUAGCAAAUGGUGAGUUGGAACGAGAAUCCCUAAAAGAGAAUAGCUAUUCCUUGAGAGAAUGGGAAAAUGUGAAGCGUGGCUCGACACAAGACCAGCUAGUAGAGGCAACAGAGGGUAAGCCAGACCCUGACUCCAACUUGGAGGAGGGUGAACAUGGUUACAACCUGCCACUGUUAUCUACGGGGGCUUGUGUGGUUAUCCAGCCUGUGCCAAAGCCUGGUGCUGAAAAGACAGCCAUCCUGUCCUGUUCCAUCAGUGCACCAUUACCAGCUGCUGGAAGCACUGAGCUUGAACCCCCAAUGAAGAGGAGGUGUUUGCGAAUCCGCAAUCAAAAUAAAUGAGAUGGAUACUCCGAGGACCGCUGUGCCAUCCACACCACAACCCACACUGCAUACACACAAAUGCACGUGCACUUGUCACCAUCCGAUCUACCAGCAUCACAACUCGCCUUUGACUUUCUCAAGUCAAUGAAACAUGCGUAUCAUAGAAAAGAUGACAGCACCAUGGAACUGACGUUAUCAUCUUGAGGAAUCUGUCAGUGGGACCACCUGACAGCAAAUCUCACUGCAUGGUCCCAUGUAUAGUAACUCCACCAAUGGUCCGUGUUGAUUCAGGUGUUCUCCCCAUGUUCUAUUAUCUAUAGAGUGCACCAUGGUGCGCGAGGUUGUUUAUUUAGAAGUUUGUUAAAAUCCAUAAUUUUAUCCAACUAAACUCUGGUUUAACUGGAGUCUCACAAUACAGAAAUAAUUGCUGCAGUGUGCUACUGUAGCUUCUUCACCCACCCAGUUCUAAAAACAGAAUUGUUGCUCUCCUUUUUUAAAGACUUAUUAUGACAACCAGAAAAGUGCACUUGGCAACCCAAUACUGUUUUCUGAUUUUGAUGGGGUAGCUGCAAAUAUCAACAAUAUAAUGAGUGCACGCUGACAAAUGAGUCUAUGA